AUGUCGUGGAACUGUUUGGUAUGUGGCGGGGUGACUAGGCUAAUAAGCUAUGCCAAAAGACAUGUUGGCCAAUGGGCUGUGGUGAGGCUAGUGAGGUGUUUAUUUGAUAUUGAUAUUGUACACGUUAUUAUGUCUCACACACUCUUGGGGUCCUUUGGACUCCAGCUUGCAGGUUGGUUAGCGGGCUCGUCCGAGUUGCUGCGAGAGAGAACUUCUCAUGGUAUAAUAUCACUUAAUGACAAGUUGGUUCAAACUGUCAUUGUAACAAGCCCAAUGUUUUACUGUACUUUUCAAGCCAUGAGUGGUCCAACCAAUGUUGUCAAUUCCGUUCCAUACCAGACACAAAAUGGUACAUAUAAGUACAUAUUCUAUGCCACCCUAAAUACCAGUUUGUAUCGGUUGAUACCCGACGUACCAGCCUAUAUUGGACGAUACCAAUCGACAUCUGCCUGCGAACUCUCGCUUCACACCUUCUAUCUCUCAAUGGAAACCUCCAUUGCUUCCUCUCCCUCCAUUGGCAAAGAAGAAGUCUUGAACCCAACAUAUGAGAGCAAUGUGCAUUUUGAUUGGGGAUUGGAAGAUUGUGCAAUGGAAAUGGAAGUUGACAAGGAAGAGGGAGCCAUGGAUGUUGCAGUUUCAGAGCCAAAAUCACAGCACGAGGGUGACACUUCAACAUUUGGUAGUCAUGUAGGACCCGCAACAAAUCCUACUCCCACUCCUACAAUAUAUGAUUAUACGGAGCAUUUCACAACGGACAAGGUGAGUGUUUCAAACCAUGGAGUUUUUUUCAUGUUCAACCUUAUGGUGCAGGUUAUGAUUUUUUUUUUUUUUACUUUUGUACAGGUAUUUUUGUCCGAGAAAGAAUUGGUAGAGUGGACAAGAUCUACGGGUAAACGAUACGGCUUUGUCAUUAUCAUUAAGGCCUCGGAGAAGUUUAUUAAGAAUCGCAAACCGAGGAUGAGGUUUUCAUGCGAAAGGAGCGGGAAGUAUAGGAAGUUUGUGAAGAAGUAUUUGGGGGAGGUGGUGGCUGUGAAGAAAAGGGCGACGCGUUCCACGGGCACAAAGAAAAUUGAAUGCCCAUUUCUAUUGAAAGGUGUAAAGGGCAAUGAUGGUUGGACUGUCUCUGUCCAUAAUGGCACUCACAAUCAUCCCCCAGCGGUGUACUUGGAGGGGCAUUCGUAUCCUGGAAGGUUGUCGGCGGAGCAAACUGCCACGUUGGUGGAUUUGUCAGUCGCUAUGGUUAAACCCAAACAAAUUCUAAGUCAGUUAAAGGGCAAUGAUCCUUCGAACGUCACGACAAUCAGACAUGUGUACAAUGCACGACAUAAGUACCGAGUGAUAGAGAAAGCCGGGAGAACUCAAAUGCAACAUCUAAUGGCUCGGCUACAACAUUUUAGCUAUGUGAAUUGGGAUCGUUCGAACAAGGAUGGGAAUGUCACAGACUUGUUUUGGGCUCCCCCUUGCGCUGGCGAGAUGUUACGUGCUUUCCCUCGAGUGUUAAUGAUGGAUUGCACGUACAAGACAAAUAGGUACAGGUUUCCAUUGCUGCAAAUUGUUGGCGUAACAUGUACGGAAUUGACUUUUAACGUAGCAUUUGCUUUCAUUGAGUGUGAAAAGGAGGAAAACUACACUUGGGUGUUAGAGAAGUUAAAGGGAAUGAUGGAUGCUGAUGCGCUUCCGGUUGUUAUCGUUACGGAUAGGGAGUUGGCGCUUAUGAAUGCCAUCAGCAGUGUUUUCCCUCAUGCUACCAAUCUCCUAUGUAGGUUUCAUAUCUCAAAGAACGUCUUAGCUAAGUGUAGGAAGAUGUUUGAUGACAAGACGUGGGAGGAGUUUAGUUGUAGCUGGGGCCUAGUUGUCCUUUCAGCGAGUGUUACACAGUAUGAGGAGCGCCUUCGUGCUUUGAAGCGUGAUUUUCAAAUGUUUCCUGCAGCACUUGAUUAUGUGGAGAAAAAUUGGUUAAUACCUUAUAAGGAGAGGUUUGUUGGAGCUUGGACGGAUAAAGUCAUUCAUUUUGGUAACCUAACAAGUAAUAGGGCGGAGAGUGCACAUGCUGCGCUAAAACAUCAGCUAGAGCACUCCCAAUGUAACUUUGACAAUAUAUGGGAGAAAAUGCACCGACUUAUUUUGUUACAAGAAACUGAAGUCAAAGCUUUUUUGGAGAAGAGUCUUACUUCUAUCCCACAUGAAUUUAGGAGUCCUCUAUUUGAGAUAUUGAGGGGAGUUGUUUCGAAGAAUGGCAUGACACAUGUUCUGGCCGCGUCCCGUCAAGUGGAAUGGAUUGUGGAAUCGAACCAUGCGUGCGAGUGUGCUUUGAGGUACACCCAUGGUUUACCUUGGGCUCAUGAGAUUGCUCCUUACAAGACGAAAAAUAUCCCCCUACCGCUUGAGUUAAUACACGACCAUUGGAAGAGGCUGUCUUUGGUUCCAGCCCAGAAUGAUGCUUCGUUGGGGGAGACAAUGAAGGCUAAGUUUCAGAUUUUCUACGAUAGAUUUGUUAGUGAAAAGCCUGAUGUCCAGCGCCAUAUGUUCAAAAAGUUCGAUGAGGCUAUCAAUCCGGAUUACACUACCCUUGUUGAACCCCAAGAGAAGGCAAAGCCACGCGGUCGCAUGUCAACAAAAGAAAAAAAUGCAGCUAAAGUGAAAAAUGCAACUAAAUCAAAGAGAAACCACGGCGCAAUCCGAAAGCCAAAGAAAAAGUUACAGCACAAGUUUCAACAUGCCACUUCAUUGAUCAAUUUCCGAAACCAAUAA